AUGCCCAAAAAGCACAGAAAGUCAUUUAUACACACAAAGCCAGUCAAUACACCUCAUCAUUCGAUCGGGUCGUCAGGAGCGAAUCAAAAUGCACCUCAGACUGGCCAAUUUACCAAUGUUGGGUCCUCGAGAGGGCUUGAACCUAGCGACUCAUCAGUCAACGAUUUAAUCGGCCACCUACGCCGAACACAAGUAUCGAAUGAUAGCUCGCCCUCCGCAUUCUCCCAUUCUUUCGCGUCGCAAAGAUCUAUACCACCGGCGUUGCGAAACAUUCUUGAGCUUCCCGAACCCCCAGCACCCCGCCCUCGACGUCAAACCCCAAUCGGUGCACGCCCACGGCGUUUUGCACCAGGACCGCCCCCACCCGAGAGUUGGCUGACGGGAGCCACAAGGGAUUCUCAGGCCACAGGAGAAAGCCUUGAGCCUGCACUGGAACGCAAGAUAAUAUAUUGCUUGGAUAGGCUGCCUGGGGCUAUCUUCCCCCAGCCCAACAGUCUUCUACAUGCUGUUCUGAAGUCUAUAGCUCAGAAAUGGGAUUGGCAUACGGAGUAUGAUGGCUUGUUCAUGUCCCAAAUUCCUGCUCAUCUCAAAACGCUUGUACUUAGCUAUAUUGCUUUUUACGGCGGGACAGAGACGCGCAGGAACCGGAUAAAUGGACUUAAGCCGCUCUAUCCCACGAAAGAAGAAUAUGCUACGCUCUAUGAAACCGAUCCAUCGGGUGAAGCUAUUCACUCCAUCGAUGCAGAUUCUAUGACGACUAGGUUGGAUUUGGGAAAUGCCAUUGGCUACCGGAUGACAUUUCGGCAACUCGCCAAAGAGUUGCAAUUAGCCAACACACCAAGUAUUUCAUCUGAGCAGGCAGCCCAAGAUUCUGUUCCGGAAUCAUGGGAUCAAACCGAAGAUGAAGUCGAAGAAAGUUCUAUUCCUGGCCAAAUAGGCCAUACGUUACGCUUCAAAAACCUCAAAUAUCUCUCCUUUGCACAUCCAUACCACCCCACUGCCGACUGGAGUAGUCUUGUGAAACUUUUAUCCCAUCUUCCAACCAUUACUCAUCUUUCUCUCGCUCAUUGGCCCCGGCCAGGCAGAAAGCCACAAGUCGCUCAUAAACUUGCUGGUGACGAGGAUCUCCAAGAGCAGCCUGGGCACGAGGUUCGACCGGGUAGUCGGAGUCCUGUAUGGGCUGAAGCAUCCGCGACUCUCCGCCAUCUCUCUAAGAACACCUACUGCCUGAAGUGGUUAGACCUAGAAGGAUGUUCUUCCUGGCUUGUUGCUCUUACAUGGAGGGGUUUCGACCCGGACGGCGUCCCAUACCCUGCUGGAACCAAUGGACCAGAUUGGACUGGCAGUUGGCGGAAUGUCGAUUUCUUAAAUCUUGCACCUGGAUGGGUUGUCCAAAGCAUUCCUGGGGCAUCCGAUUCUGGCCAGUCAUCAGACGAGCUCGAGAGCUUCGAGACUGGAGAUGACGGCGAUAAAGCAAAGCGUCAGCGUGCAAGGGAGUUCAGCAGAUUCCAGGUGGAUGUUCUCGUGGCGGAGGAAAUGCGAGCUCUCAUUAAUAAACGCAGAACCAAUGCAAAGGGGAAAUGGUUAGCGGCCAAGACCGGGAGAGAGGAACUGCAGGAACUAAAGCUCCAGUUAAAACGGUUGAACUCUUAG